AUGUACCGCGGGGGCGCCAGUGAGCCCAGAGGCGUGACGGGCGGCACAGUUUGCGCACAGAAAUGGCGGAGGGGAGCUGGACGUCGACUCGCUGAUUUCCAGGCUUUUGGAGGUGCGAGGAUGCCGUCCCGGGAAGAUCGUCCAGAUGACGGAGGCGGAGGUGCGGGGCCUGUGCAUCAAGUCCCGGGAGAUCUUCCUUAGCCAGCCCAUCCUCCUGGAGCUUGAGGCGCCGCUCAAAAUCUGUGGUGACAUCCACGGGCAGUACACAGACCUGCUGAGGCUGUUCGAAUACGGCGGCUUCCCCCCCGAGGCCAACUACCUGUUCCUGGGGGACUACGUGGACAGAGGGAAGCAGUCCCUGGAGACCAUCUGCCUGCUGCUGGCCUACAAGAUCAAGUACCCGGAGAACUUCUUCCUGCUCAGGGGGAACCACGAGUGCGCCUCCAUCAACCGCAUCUAUGGCUUCUACGACGAGUGUAAACGCAGAUUCAACAUCAAGCUGUGGAAGACCUUCACCGACUGUUUCAACUGCCUGCCCAUCGCUGCCAUCGUCGACGAGAAGAUCUUCUGCUGCCACGGAGGCCUGUCUCCUGACCUGCAGUCCAUGGAGCAGAUCCGGCGCAUCAUGAGACCCACAGACGUGCCUGACACAGGCCUGCUGUGUGACCUGCUGUGGUCGGAUCCAGAUAAGGAUGUGCAGGGCUGGGGAGAGAAUGAUCGCGGCGUCUCCUUCACCUUUGGUGCAGACGUGGUCAGCAAGUUCCUCAACCGCCACGACCUGGACCUCAUCUGCAGAGCCCACCAGGUGGUAGAAGAUGGUUAUGAGUUCUUCGCCAAGAGGCAGCUGGUGACUCUGUUCUCGGCUCCCAACUACUGUGGAGAGUUUGACAACGCCGGUGGCAUGAUGAGCGUGGACGAGACCCUGAUGUGCUCUUUCCAGAUUCUGAAGCCAUCUGAGAAGAAGGCCAAGUACCAGUAUGGAGGUAUGAACGCCGGCCGACCCGUCACCCCUCCCCGCACAGCCCAACCCCCAAAGAAACGGUGAAGAAGGAUAAACUGACCUACAGAGAGAGAACGAGAGGGAUGAUUCUGAAUGAGCGGUAGUCCCUUGUCAGCUUUUCACAACACAAGACGCCAACACUGCAGAGACAAAAUAGACGAACACAACAGUUUUGAUCAAGGACCCCACCUCCCCAGCCCUUUUUUUUUUUCCUUCUUCUUCCAAAUCUUCCUCUGAACUGUUGUCACGCACUACUGCACUCUUCAACGCUUUUUCUCUCUCGCAUCUGUAACCUUGAAAUGUUUUUAAAAGUGUUUUAGCAAAACGACAAAUUUACAAGGGUGUCAUUCUGUUAACAUUUCGGGGGUUUUCUUUUUUUUUUGCUUGCUACUCCAACAGAAUGACAGCUAGUUCAGUUUACCACAUCCCCUUCCUCCUUUGCCUGUACAGAAACAACAGGUGUUAAUGAUGACUGCUGGGUUUUCAAUACAUAUGGGAAAUAAACAUUUGAUUGAGA